AUGACUUCUUUUUUGCCACAUCUUGUAUGGUUUGUGGCUAUACUUUUGAUAUCCAAUAGUGUAGAAGCACGUCAUAAACCUUAUUCAUGGAGAAAAUAUUAUAGUUACAAGCCAGCACCAACGUCUACGCCUAACCCUGACGAGUUACCAGGUCAAUCACCUCCAUCACCACAACCAUCAUCCUCUGAUUAUUACAUUUCUAGUCCACCAUCACCUUUAGGGUGGUUCUCUCCUCAACCCUCCCUAGUGCCAUCACCUACACCAACCUCAUCACCACUAUCGCCGUCUCCAAAUGAUUUUAGUUCCCCUCCCUCACCUUCAAGAUGGGCAUGGGAACCAUCUCCUAGUUAUACGACAUCUCCUCAAUCAUCGCCUGUACUUGCACCUUCUUCCCCUAACCAGUCCCCACCAUCACCUAUAGAAUGGUUCUCUCCUCGACCUUCCCCAGUGCCUUCACCGGCUACAUCGCCACUAUCACCAUCACCCUCACCUUCAAGAUGGACUCCAUCCCCACAUUCCUAUUCAUGGAAACUAUCUCCUAGUUAUACGACAUCUCCUCAAUCAUCGCCUGUUCUUGCACCGUCUAAUCCCAACCAGUCCCCACCAUCACCUAUAGAAUGGUUCUCUCCUCGACCUUCCCCAGUGCCUUCACCGGCUACAUCGCCACUAUCACCAUCACCCUCACCUUCAAGAUGGACUCCAUCCCCACAUUCCUAUUCAUGGAAACUAUCUCCUAGUUAUACGACAUCUCCUCAAUCAUCGCCUGUUCUUGCACCGUCUAAUCCCAACCAGUCCCCACCAUCACCUAUAGAAUGGUUCUCUCCUCGACUGUCCCCAGUGCAUUCACCAACUACAUCACCACUAUCACCAUUAUCUUAUGAUAACGGUUCACCACCCUCGCCUUCAGAGUGGGCACCAUCUCCUGAGUCAUCGGUUGUACCUGUACCUGCACCUGCACCUUCGUAUUCUGAUAAGCCUUCACAAUCACCUUCUCCAUCACCACUUCCAAAUUACUAUUAUAAUUCACCGCCUCCUCCAUAUGUUAACAACUCUCCUCCACCUCCAUCACCAUCACCGUCUCCUCCACCACCAUAUUACUAUAAAUCUCCACCUCCUCCAUCACCAUCACCUCCUCCUCCCUAUUACUAUAACUCUCCUCCCCCACCAUCACCUUCUCCUCCUCCUCCAUACGUUUACAAGUCACCACCACCACCACCAUCUUCACCUCCACCUCCUCCAUAUUACUACAAUUCACCACCGCCACCAUCACCAUCCCCUCCUCCUCCAUAUUACUACAAUUCACCACCACCACCAUCUCCUCCGCCUCCACCUGCUUACUACUACUACAACUACCCUCCGCCACCUCCAUCUUACUAA